UAAACUGAUGCAUGCAUGCAUAGAUACAUAAUAUGUGUCAUUAGAUCAUGGUUGCAACAUCUAGAGCAGCACUGUUGCCUUUAGAAGUAAUGUAUGUGAUGUAAAGCAAGUGGUGUAUCUACUACCACAGCAUACAUAAAUAAGAUAAGCGACAUUCACAUUAAUGAUAAAUUUUCCAAUUCUGCUCUUGUAAUCCCUGAUACUGUUACACUUGUUGCUGAAACUGGCCCACCUCAGAAGCCAUUUUCCUCCUAUAAAACCUUGCCAUGCAUUCCAUCCUUCCCUACCUUCAAGGGCUGUACAAUCACUGCAACACAUUACAACCCUUCAGCUAGCUUCAGGCAUAGACUUCAGAACUUAAACCAUGCUUACUGGUGAGCUCACCGGACUUCACUUCGUAGCACCAGAAAAACCAAUCCUGAUUCCAGCCAACCUUGGCAUGAUGCAAAAUACUAUACCAGCUUUUCAUUUCAAUAGAUUCUUAAGCAGCCUACCCAAUUUCCACAUCCCACCACUUGCUCAUGAAUUCACUGCACAGUCCACAAGUCUCAGCAAUCAUUCAACUUCAGAUGAAGCUGAGGAACACCAGCUCAGCAUCAUCGAUGAAAGGAAACUGCGAAGAAUGAUAUCUAAUAGAGAAUCUGCUCGUCGGUCAAGGAUGCGGAAACAGAAGCACCUGGAUGAACUUUGGUCACAGGUAAUCAGGCUUCGCAAUGAGAACCACUGUCUCAUAGACAAGUUAAAUCAUGUGUCGGAGUGCCACGACCAGGUUCUUCAAGAGAAUGCGAGGCUCAAGGAAGAAGCCUCUGAUCUUCGCCAAAUGCUGAUAGACCUAAAAAUAGGCAGUCCUUAUUCUCUUGCAUUGACAGAGCUGGAAGAGGUUCCCUGCAACACUGCUCACCUAAGAGCUGAGUCGACAAACCAAUCCAUUGAUAGCUCUGUAGACUUGCUUCAUUAAGAUGAGAGUUAUCUUGCCACAUAUAACUAUUUUAUGUUCCUCAGUUUGCUACGGAUGUUAAUCAAGCCUUUUCCUUGGUAUGAGCUGUAUGAGAUUAGAAUCAAACCAUGCAAUAACAUCUUUUGAUAAUUUUAUCCUAACUCAGCUUAAUGGUCUACACACGUCACCUAAAUAAUCCAUAGUUUGAAGCAACUGUUUGUAGCUCUUCUCGCCACAUAUAACAUUCCAGAGCAGAAUAUGUGAAAAUGAUAUCUGCAGUGGUCCAUCAGAAGCAAAUCAAACACUCAAUCAUGACUUUUAUCUAUUAAUCAUUUUAUGAACCCCAACAAAUCUGGUUAUAGAAUUUCACCUAAGAUAUGGAUUAGAGAAAGAACAGUAAAUAGCACUGAGAUACGAACAAAUAGAAAAUCCUGUCGCACAAUAUAUUUCCCUAA